AGGUUAAUCAACCUCGGCUUUGGAUAUGAUACCGUGGAAAGAUUCACGCAACUCAGGAAACCCAAAAGUCGCAGCUAUACAGAGAGCGACGCCUAAUAUCUGGUGUUUGCCACGAGGAGUCACUCAAGGUCUGCAGCUACCGUCAAUCACGUUGAAUGCACAUGGAGAGGGGCCACCCUCGGCAACAUUGGCUUCAGCUUCCACGAUUUCAUUGCUGCCCCCUGCUCCCAUUUUCAACUUUGUCAGCUGUCAGAGCGCAACACAUGGUUUCACUCCAUUCGACCCACUCGCCAUUCCAAUUUUCUUCCGAGUCGAGUUGGUAAAUUUUGUUUACUGUUUGGGGCGGUGGUAUUGUUACGUCACCUAUCGUUAAAACAGCUCUUCCGCUGGUCCCCAAAGUCACUGUAACUCUCUCAGUUUCCAUAUCCUUUCAUGUAGUACUUAUCUGUAGGUGCUUGUAUAUGUCUAUUGUCAAGCAAGAGUCGCGUGGGGGCCGAACAGUUCCAGCGCUCUGACUUUUUGCGAAUUUUCCACCACCAUGUUAACGUACACUGCUGCGCUUGGACUCCUUCAACUCGGAUUCACUAGGCUAUCCAUCGGACUCCAUACAACACUGCUUACCUCGCUGCUGCAUUUCCGGCAGAAGCUUUGUCGAAUCACACUCUGUGGGCGGCGUUAGGUCCGUCUGCCACUUCAAAACACUCGUGUUUGUGGCACUGCACUUUUC